UUCCAUUAACACAUUUCAAGCUGCCUUCACUCAAACCAAAAUUGUAAAGGGAGUUAGCACCGCCUUUUCCGCGGUUUAAAUCGAAUCAAACGAGGGAAAGGGAUUACGACCUGCAGUUCCCUCGGAAAAUCCAGAAUCAAAGUUUGAUCUGCCUUCAUCCAAGUGUAUGCACUGCGCGUAAAUGAAAUCAUCACUGUUCAAGAACCGUUGCACAGAUUAACACUGAAAUCGGGUUGUACUCCAGACUGAUGGCGGAACUCAAAACCUUUUAUCCUGCUCCGCCGCCGUUUAAACCGCCACCGCCAGGUCUCGGCCUCUUGCCAACCCUCAAUACUCCACACAAGACCAUGACAUUUCAUCAGAUCUUGGUCUUUACCCUUACCUUCACAGCCUACGCCGCCUUCCACGCAUCCCGUAAGCCUCCAAGCAUAGUCAAAUCCGUUAUCGGUCCAGAUCCAAAAACCCUCAACGCGACUAGCCAUAAGACGGAUGGGGAUUCUAGCGGAUGGGCACCGUUCGAUGGCCCAAGCGGACCUCACAGGCUGGGCGAGCUUGAUCUCGCCUUUCUGUUAUCCUACUCGGUGGGAAUGUAUUUUGCAGGUCACAUAGGUGAUAGCAUUGAUCUGAAGCUCUUCUUGACGGUGGGAAUGGUGGGAAGCGGAGUUUUGGUUACAUCAUUUGGAUUGGGUUAUUUUCUUGAUGUGCAUAGUCUUUCUUUUUUCAUGGCGGUUCAGGUUUUGUGCGGAUUGUUUCAGUCAAUAGGGUGGCCCUGUGUGGUGGCAGUACUAGGGAAUUGGUUUGGGAAGGCGAAAAGGGGACUCAUAAUGGGGAUUUGGAAUUCCCAUACCUCAGUAGGAAACAUUAUAGGCUCCCUAGUUGCCUCAUCAGUUUUAGGGUUUGGUUGGGGAUGGUCCUUUGUGUUGCCUGGGAUUUUCAUUGUGGUUGUGGCAAUCCCGGUUUAUUCGUUUCUUAUUGUUAACCCUGAAGAUAUAGGGCUUGAAACUCCAGCAGAGGUGGUUGAGACAAAUGUGGAGGGAGUGGCAUUGGUGAAGUCUGAAGCAGGAGGGGAAGAUGAAGGUGGAAGCAGCUCUGUUGCUAUUGGGUUCUUAGAGGCAUGGAAGUUACCUGGGGUUGCACAAUUUGCAUUCUGCCUGUUCUUCUCAAAGCUUGUAGCUUACACAUUUUUGUAUUGGCUGCCCUUCUACAUAAGGCACACCGCUGUUGCGGGAGUACAUCUCUCACACAAAAAUGCGGGAAUAAUUUCAUCAGUAUUUGAUAUUGGAGGGGUGAUUGGAGGAAUCCUGGCAGGAGUAAUUUCCGAUUUAAUUGAAGCCCGAGCUAUAACGUCAGCUGCAUUCUUACUGCUAUCAAUUCCAACACUUGUUUUAUAUCGCAUGUACGGAAGCAUAUCCAUGUUCACUAAUGUGACAUUGAUGCUCAUUUCUGGUUCGCUGGUUAAUGGGCCCUACGCUCUCAUCACGACGGCAGUUGCGGCUGAUCUUGGCACUCAGGCCAUAACGAAUGGGAAUUCCCGUGCAUUGGCGACUGUCACUGCAAUCAUAGACGGGACUGGUUCAGCUGGAGCUGCUUUGGGCCCACUCCUUGCUGGAUAUAUUUCAACUAGAGGAUGGAAUAGCGUCUUUUUCAUGCUUAUUCUGUCAUUAUUCAUUGCUGGGUUGUUAUUGAUCCCUGUUGUCAGAAAAGAGAUUGAGGUAAAGACGAAUGAGGGGAAAUGGCUUUGGUUUACAAGGGUCCUUAUGCAUUGAUUCUCUUUGUAUACUACUACGUAUUAAAGAGGUUGCUGUAUAGCCGAUGAGAAACCGACCAAUGACCAAGAGCUUCUUGUUUGUAUUGAGUUCAUCUUCAUCAUUAUUCAUGGAUGUAUUUUUGUACAACUCAAUUGUGUCCUAAACUCCUAACAGUGUAUAUAAAAUCACAUUAUACUUUGGCCACAGUUUGAUACUAUAGUAACAAAUAGCUGCUACACGAAUAUAUAAUAGUAUCUCCG